UCACAAGCCGUCGAUCGUUCGUUUGGCCUUUGAUGCAUUCAACACAUAAUCAGUAGUCGGGUACUCCCUCAAAGCCUGGAGCACGGAUGGCGAGAGGCCUGACAGAGGGACGGAAUGCCAUGCGUUACAUUGUGCCUCGAUUCAGUGUUCAACUGCCUGUGCUACAUACCUAAGUAGAUACUCCCCACAUCAAGAUGCUGGAUGGCGGGAAUCCAGUCUGCACUCUCGUCCAGACGGUGACGCAGGACCUCCCCAUCUAUCGCCGACAAGCACGCCUCCUGUAGCUGCUCCCCGCUCCCCAUCGCCUCCAGCACACCCACCACAUCACCCUCGGCCGCCAUACUGCUGUCACCGCUGCUCAAGCUGCAGAGAGCCAGAGACGCCACCUUGCCGGCGAGCCUGCCAGUGAAUGCCAGCUGCCGAGCUGCCUCACAACCGACUGGCCCCUCCGCUGUCAGCAGCAUGCCCUCUGGGAAGGCGUCCUGUGGGAGCAGCUGCAGCGCAGACCACACAGGGGAGGUGGGAGGGUGCUGGGAGAGGUCGAUGCUGCCAGAUUUGAUCUGCAGCUCCUUGACGUGUGGGAAUCGGUGCAUAUCGGCAAAGGCGGCCGGGUCGGUGGUGCCGCUGUGCUGGCCGUCAGUAUCCUCCCACGGUCUGGGUGUGGUAGGCUCCCACUUGAUGAGCGUGAUGGCCCUGGCGAUCUGGCCCAUCUUGCCGAUGACGAAGGGCGAGAUGGCGCUGAGCUGACGAGGGCGUGGGCAGGGCCGAGUUCGAUGCUGAUGCCGUCGGCCGGGAAGGUCAGGUCGAUGGUGCAGUUGGGCGCCGUGAUCUUGCGAGCGGGCAGCUGGGAUCUGAGGCCGUCGAGCUCCUGCAGGAUGUGGAGCAUCAGCGGGUACCAGUGGGGACGGGCUGCCUCGUCGGGGUCAUGUGAUCUCGCUUGCUGUGGGACACGAAACUCCAGACACUUCAGUGACCGACAGCCGCCCUUCAUCAGAAUCCCGCGAAGCUCCUGAAAGCAAAAAUGAAUGGGCACCUUUGCGCUUUCAUCCACCCGCCCACCCCCGACUCACAUCGCAAUCAAAUUCAUCCUCAGGCAACUCCACUUCCUCGAUGCUCUCCAGCGGCUCCAGUGUGCCAUUGGGCAU